AUGGAGAAUGUCACUAUAGUUAAUGAAUUUCUUUUACUCAGCCUGACCAGUGUUCAGGAGCUGCAACCUUUCUUCUUUUUUAUUUUCUUAAUCAUUUACCUGAUAAACUUGUUUGGAAAUGGAGCUAUAUUAGUGAUUGUUAUUUUGGAACCAAAACUCCACUCCCCUAUGUAUUUUUUUCUGGGAAACCUUUCUUGUUUGGAUAUUUGUUAUUCUUCAGUGACACUGCCCAAGGUGCUUAAAAACCUCAUCUCCCCUCGCAGGGCCAUAUCUUUUCUAGGCUGCAUCACUCAGGUACACUUCUUCCACUUUCUGGGAAGCACAGAGGCUAUCUUACUGGCCAUCAUGGCCUUUGACUGUUUUGUGGCCAUCUGCAAACCACUUCGCUACACUGUUGUCAUGAGCCCCCAGGUGUGUAUUCUGCUGGCAGCUGUGGCCUGGUUCACUGGCUUCUUUUAUGCUCUGAUGCAUUCCAUCAUGACUGCGCGCUUGAACUUUUGUGGCUCUCAGAAACUCAAUCACUUCUUCUGUGAUGUCAAGCCCCUCUUGGAACUGGCCUGUAGUGACACACUGCUUAAUCAGUGGCUGCUUUCUGUUGUCACAGGCAGUAUAUCCAUGGGAGCUUUCUUCUUGACUCUUCUCUCCUACUUCUACAUUAUUGCCUUCCUUCUGUUCAAGAACCGGUCCUGCAAAACGCUGCAUAAGGCUCUGUCCACUUGUGCCUCCCAUUUUGUGGUGGUAUGUCUUUUCUACGGACCUGUAGGCUUCACAUACAUUCGUCCUGCCUCUGCCACCUCCGUAGUCCAGGACCAGACAGUGGCCAUCAUAUACAGUGCCAUCACCCCAGUGCUGAAUCCACUGAUAUACACCCUUAGAAACAAAGAAGUGAUGCUGGCUCUGAAGAAAGUCUUUGGAAAGACAUUGCUUAAAGACUGCCAGCAGUACCACUAG